CACUGUGAAUGCAGAGUGUGUCAGAGCAGGACGAGUGUCAAAUCUUAAAUUCUCAUUACUCUCUCUCUGCCCGCUUUCAGGAUGCCUCUCCUCCAGAGUGUCCUCUCUCAGGUCCUCAGCUGGACGGGCCUCCGUCAGGUGCUGUUUGUGGUCGGUGCUUUGGUUGCAGUCUGGACGGCCAAGCUGUUGGUGCGACACGCCUGGUACGCACACAGGCUGUCCUGCUUCAGCAAACCACCUGCAGACUCCUGGCUUUUAGGCCACCUGGGCCAGAUGAAGAGCACAGAGGAAGGUUUGCUUGAGGUGGAUGAACUGGUACGGACGUACAAACACUCUUGCAGCUGGUUCCUCGGCCCUUUCUAUCACUUCGUCAGACUCUUCCACCCUGAUUACGUCAAACCUCUGCUGAUGGCACCCGCCAGCAUUACAGUGAAGGAUGAGCUCAUCUAUGGGCAUCUGCGUCCUUGGCUUGGACAGAGUCUGCUGAUAAGCAACGGGGAGGAGUGGUCUCGUAAGAGGCGGCUGCUGACUCCAGCUUUUCACUUUGAUAUCCUGAAGAACUACGUCGCCACGUUCAACGCCUCGACUAACAUCAUGCACGAUAAGUGGCGCCGCCUGGUGUCAGAAGGCACGACUAACCUCGAGAUGUUUGACCACGUCAUCCUGAUGACACUGGACAGUCUACUGAAAUGUGCCUUCAGCUACAACAGCAACUGUCAGCGGUCUACCAGCGAGUACGUGUUGGCCAUAGUGGAGCUGAGCGACCUGAUCAUAGAUCGCCGGCAGAAGAUUUUACACCACUGGGACUGGAUUUACUGGAGAACAGAGCAGGGGAAACGAUUCAAAAAGGCCUUAAGCAUUGUGCACAGGUUUACCAGGGAGGUGGUUCAGAAGCACCGAGCCCAGAUCAGCCAACAGAGGGAGAAAGAAACAGACUUCACCACAGCGCCACGGAGAAAGAAAGACUUUGUGGACAUCAUCCUGCUGUCAAAGGACGAGGAUGGACAAGGCCUAACAGACGAGGAGAUACAGGCCGAGGCCAACACCUUCAUGUUUGCAGGUCAUGACACGACAGCCAGUGCGAUUUGCUGGACGCUGUAUAAUUUAGCCCGCCACGACCACUAUCAAGAGAAAUGCAGGCAGGAAGUGAUGGAUCUGAUGCAAGGACGAGACGGACACGCAAUAGAGUGGGAGGAUCUGUCCAACCUUCCUUUCACCACCAUGUGCAUCAGAGAGUCUCUCCGGCUGCACUCUCCUGUUCAGGCUGUGACGAGGAAGUACACCCAGGAUAUGGCGCUGCCGGGGGAUCGCACGGUGCCGCAGGGUGCCAUCUGUUUGGUCAGCAUUUAUGGGACCCACCACAACCCUGCUGUUUGGCAAAACCCCCAUGAGUUCAAUCCUCUGCGUUUUGACCCUACAAACAAAGAAGGGCUGGCUUCUCACGCCUUCAUCCCCUUUUCCUCAGGCCCCAGGAACUGUAUUGGUCAGAAAUUCGCCUUGGCAGAACUUCGAGUUGUCGUGGCGCUGACCCUGCUCAGAUUUCGCCUGACCCCGGGGGUGAACCCCGAACUCGGGAACAAGUCUGGGGGAGUUCGCCGUCUUCCCCAGCUCGUCCUGCGUGCGGAGGGAGGCUUGUGGCUGCAGGUGGAGCCUCUGGACCAGCACAACCUGGAGGAGUGAUCCAACAAGAUGACACCUGUUGUUGUUGUUGUUGUAACUAUUACUUUAAAAACGAUUGUAAUAGAUAUUGUAAUUAUUGUUCUAAUUAUGUUAUUUCAACUGUACUAAGUUUGUUUAAAUAAAGAAACCAUUUUUAGCUCACA